AGGCACGUCUCUCCACGAGAACUGUUGUACAUUGUAGUUUACUGAAGGAAAUUGCUUGGCAUCUUACGUAGCAAUUUGGAUGUAUCAGCUAAUACAUAUCUGAUCUGCAUCUUCUCAAGAAUAAGACUUAAAAAGUAGUAAUUCAUUCUUUUCACGAGCUCGUGCUGCACUAUAAAAUCCUGGCCAGGCCUCAAGUGCAUUUGUAACUCGAGCAAAUCAAGAUUACUCGCAGAUAACUACGCAAAUUGUUGGUUUUCGGGUAAGAUUGGUAUUCUGAUUCUACUCAACAACAUAUGCUAAGAUGUCUGAGCACAAAGGAGUAAUAACUAGUAUUGAUCAAAAGCUUUUUGGGCUAUCAAAUUCAUUUGACAAGCAACGGAUUUUCAGAGUCCAUCAUAAACUUCGCAGCCAAAAUGAAGUGGCAUACGAACCACAGAUGUUCUCUAUCGGGCCUUAUCAUCACGGUAAGGAAAACUUGGUAAAAGCGCAGACGUAUAAGCUGUGGUACUUGAAAGAGCUUCUCCUUCGAAGAGGCGAAUCAAGUACUGAGAGAUACAUCAAUGCCUUAAAAGCCCUUGAAGAGGGAGCUCGAAGUUGGUAUGCAGAAGAAGAUAUGAUUGGUCUUGGUAGCGAUGAAUUUGUGGAAAUGAUGCUACUUGACGGGUUCUUUAUCAUUGAGCUUUUGAGGAAAUAUGCUGGUUGGCGCCGGUACAAAGAGUAUCCCGUCAAUUACUGCCCAAAACAAGGUGAGAAACCUGUACCAUUACCGAAUCCUACCACAAACAUUGCUGGAAAUGUUGGAGAUGUCGUUCAUCUUCUUCACCUAGUGCACGAGUGCUGGUGUUGGUCAUUUGCUGGAAAACUAGCAGGUGGUAAUCGAAGCCCAGAUAACGGGGAUCCACAGGGCCUUCGUUCUACAAGAGGCGGGUGGUUGGAGCUAAUGAAAGAAUCCUCAAUCAAGCUACAUAAAAUUGCUGGCAACGCAUGUUGGCCAUUUGCUGCAAAACCAGCAGCUGAUAAUCGAAGCCUAGAAAACGGGCAUCCACAUGACAUUUAUUCCACAAGCGACUGGGAUUUGGAGAAAAGUGUAUCCGCAACCCAGCUACCCAAAAUUACUAGCAGCUUGCACUGUUUUUCAUUUGCUGCAAAACGAGUAGCUGAUCAUCAAAGCCAAGAGAAUGGGGAUUCGCAAGACAAUUGUUCCACAAGCGGCGAGGUGUACGAGCACAUAAAAUGCGCAAGCGAACUGCAACAAGCCGGGAUAAAGUUUGAGACGGCUAACAAAAGUGUAUCGUGGCUGGAUAUUGCUUUUGAAAAGGGGGUAAUGAAAAUCCCGACUCUGGACGUUCAUGAUGUUACAGAAUGCGUCUUCAGAAACUUAAUUGGGUUUGAACUUUACAUGAUUAAUGGACUGUAUGAUAGAAGAUAUGUAAUUGAUUAUCUCACGUUCAUGGAUAGUCUCAUUGAUUCCUCAAGGGAUGUUGAAAAGCUUCGACACCAAAAAAUUAUAACCAAGUGGUUAGGUGAUGAUAAAGCGAUAUCUUCAGUGUUUAAUAGUCUUGUGAAGGAGGUCGAGACUGAAGCAGCCAACGAUUUCUUCUGUUACUCGAGAGUUUUCAAGCAAGUGAACGAGUAUUCUAGCCGGCGUUGGAACAUCUGGAGGGCUCAUCUGAUGAGGAAUUAUUUCAAUAACCCCUGGUCCAUCAUCUCAUUUGCAGCUGCUCUUGUGUUGCUCAUUCUGACAUUUGUGCAGACCAUAUUUUCGAUCCUACAAUUCAAAAGCGAGCCCAGCUGUGGAUGUAAAGUGUCCUAAUAAAUAGAAGUUAUUUUGUGCGCUUUGUCUCAACUUCGUUCCCUCAUUCAUAGUCGAUGAUGUGCAAUUGAGUGGUAUAAUAUGCUCUUUGUGCCAAUUCAGGCUUUUUCAUUUAACCGGAAAAGACAUGUAAAAAUUUUGUAUAGUCA